AGAACGAAUUUUAGGACGAACGAAUCUAUUAGAGAAUGCCCUUACUUGUCCCAUUAUUUUUAUUGUUUAAAAACACGUCUGCAAUACUACUUACUUCAUACAGCUCUGCAUACGGCACUACAUCAAAGACGGCCAACAUGCAUGCUGUACGCAAUGCUCGAAAGGUAACUUCUGGGAGGGGGGGACUGUGUGGGUUGUGCAUGGCGGUCUUCUGGCUGGUUAUUCACUCGACACAUGGCUUGACUGACUGAAAUUCCUAACUUUGUGAGUUACUGUGGUGCUGCACCGGUACGAGCAUGCAUAAUCUGAGUUAGCAAACAAGCAUAGAGGCACCCAGCUUACAUUAAAAAUUAAAAACCAAUUUCGAUCAUCACUGCUUUACGUUGCCAUGAAGUUUCCAAGAAAGAAGUUGGGCAUGGAUUGGUGGUGGAAUGCGCGAAGGCGGCGCCCUAAAGAAGAAGAAGCAAGCGAAAACAACUCUGGCACGGAACCGAAAAACAGCAAUGCGACAGUAGGCAUUCUACUUCAAGACUAUUCCUCCGUGACGACCACUGCAUGUGGGACAGCAGAGAGAUAUCUAAGAUAUUGUGCUUCCGAUGCAAGGGAAGAAUACUGGAAAACGUUUUGGGAUGAAAAACUUCCGAAAGAUGCCCAGUUCCGGCUGCUACAAGUGCACUUUCUGCGAAAGGACGGACAGCGCAUGACGGCCGCAAUCCCAGUAUGUGCGUGCAUGACAGUGGGCGACUUGCUGCGGGGGGUCCAGCGGAUUCCCUCGUUCUCUGGUUCCACGUUCCAAAAGGGUCACUUGUUUUUUGUGAUCAAUGGUUGGCGGGUCUUGCACCUCCCGGACGGUUGGAACAGCGAAGCCAUCUCCACAGAACAAUUAUUCAAUACUCUGAACCAAGAUAUCGGCUCAUUGCACGUAUUGCAGGGGAUUAGCCCUGGUGCAACAACAGAACCCGAGCCAUUCAUGGGGGUCUUCCCCUAUCGAUACCGAGUUUCCGAAAUCUCAGUCCUGCUGAUCCACUGCAUCAUUGUGAUCCCAUUGAAGUUGUUGUCCAGACACAACAAGGUUGAUUCUUUCAAGUGCAAUGUCGAAAAUCCGACAGAAGGUGAGACUGGAAAGAUAGAUUCGAACGAAUACGUAUCUCUCGAAGUUGCGCUGGCUCCAUAUGAUACUGUGGAUGGCAUGAAACGACUCAUUGAACGCAAGACUGGUUUGCCCAUGAAGAUUCAAAGGUUAGCCCAUGGGGACGCAGAGCUGCAUGGCUUUGUCCGUCUACGCGAAGUAAUGCCCAAUGUCUGCGAGAGGACAUUCCAACCACUACUGAAGGUCAUGGAUUCACCCUAUGCCUUUGUCGUCCGCACAUUGUCUGGCGAAACCAUGCCAUGGUAUCGGACCGCAAGCACGAUCACACUCUUUGAAUUGAAGCAGACCAUCGCGCGAAAGACCAAAAUACCCGUGGAAACCCAGUUCCUCAUGUUUCGCGGACGGGAACUAACGGUAGAGGAUCAAAUCGCUGAUUGUGAUAUUCAGGAGGGUUCUGUUGUGCAUUGUAUGGCUAUUCCUGAGGGUCGGCAGAGCAUUGAUUUGAUGUACAAGGAGUUUUGCCCUUUUCCUAUACCGCUGGCCGAAAAUCGAGCCAUUUCCUUGUCUCAGCUGAAGAGGCUUGCGGCAACAAUCAUACAAUGUUGCGAGACAGAGAGAUGGACUAGCACAGAUCCAAAAAGCAAGGGAGCGCACCCUUUGAGACCAGAAGAUGUGACUUUCUACGACCUAUUGCACCACUACAUACGCCCCCUGACAAAGCCUUACAAGUGCAGCUACGUUGAAUUGGUGGCAGAGAUCGAGCAAGUCUCAACCUGGUAUGUAUCCCACAGUUGGCAGGCACCUGUUUUGGACUUUGUGGCAUGCUUGGAGCAACACGCAUAUGACUAUAAUCUCGAUGAAGAGUCGGCAUUCUAUUGGGUUUCCGCCUGUGCUUUGCGACAAAACGAUCUCGACACAGAGAUCAGUGACUAUGCCCCAGUACAGGACAGCCCCUUCUACAAUGCAAUGAACCGGGCAAAGAAAAUCGUUUCGAUACUGGACGAUGAAGGCAUCGCCUACAAACGAAUCUGGUGCACCUUUGAAAUCUUUGUGGCUCUGUCUCAGCACACUUACGACUCCUAUGCACUCACCCUUGAUGAUACUGAAACCAGAAGAGCGGUCGGUCUUCGCGGCUCCCGACGACACGACUACAGGUAUAACUACAAUCAUUAUCUUCAAAACUAUUAUCGAAUCCGAUUUCCGCUCCAUCUUUGUCUCAAAGCGCUGGAGGUGCGCCUUGAAGAAGCAGAAGCCUCUCGAGAGUUCGACCGGAGGCGCAUAUUGCAUCACAUUGUGGGGAACCAUGGUGAGAAGUCUUCCUCUGAGGAUCCCCCACGACAGCAUCAAAAAUAUGACGAAUUGAAUGCUCUGUUGAAUGAAAACUUCGCGGUGUCUGCAAUACGCGGCGCAGCGUUAGCAGGAGCAGGCAAAGGCGUCCUCAAUACAAUCCGAACAUCGCUUGGAGCAUCAAACGUUACAGAGCUUCACUUGUCCUUCGAAGGUUGCUUUGAGUUUCAAGCCCGGCAUUUUGCGAUGGCCCUCCCCCAUACGCUGGAUCAUUUGAGUCUUGACUUUUCAAGGAUCCCCUUCACUACGUCGCAUGAAUUUGCCAUUGGGCUUGGAAGAUUGCAGAAUCUCCGCACCUUGAGUAUCAAGUGCGUAUUCUGCGACAACCUCAUCUGUGCCAAUGCCUUGUGGAAAGAGCUGGGCGCCCUCAGCAACCUUGAGGUGUUGCACCUGGACUUCAAUGGUUGCAAAAGACUGGACUCUUUUUCUGAGCUACGACUGGAAAAGGCAAUGACAAGGCUUACGAAGCUUCGGGGUUACACAUUCUUGUUCAAAGUCCAAGAUGACAGCUCGGAUUACUUCGCUAGAGGGAUAUGAAUUCAUUUCUCCCCGUACUAACCGGAUAAAAUCCCAUAAUUUAAUAAUAGUGGGUACUAUAAUUAGUAUUCAGAUCAGAGUCUAGGCUUUUCCCAAACUAUCCUUUUGUUAAAUCUUUACUUUAUCAACCAAGAACAUCUCUCCGUGCUACAUUUGCUUGCUGAUUGAGUGACUCUCAGUCAUUCAGUUGCACCUUGCACACCUUGCACACCUUCCACCCUGCUGGUCGGGAGACUCGAAUGUCGACCCGGGUAUUGAAUCGGAAUGCGCUGCAUUUCAAGCACAAAGAGGAUCAAUAUUGCUGAUAGCUGGUAGCUCAAUACCGGCGCUGCAAAAGAGAAUUGGGUAAAGGAGAAGUUUUGCCUUAGUUCGCACACACAACAUACGGUACGAUCAUACUCUGAAGACGCCUAGAGAAGUGGAUUAUUUGCUACUUUAGGGAAGCUGGCAGUGGGUCAAGCUGAUUAGAUAAGAGAAGAAGGCAACAUUCAGAAGUGGGUGUUUGGUGGUGUGGUGUUUGGUGGCGGCACUUUUGGGUACAGGCAUCACACAUAGAGAGCUUGAGUUUUCGUGGGUCAGUUGUUAACGUUGUUAACAUACAUAAGUGGGUUACUUAUCUUACGUUAAGUCUGUCCGUGGUUUGUUAUGUAAUUGCUUCAUUAAAAACUUUAAGAACCUCCUGUAUUUACUCC